AUGUCGUCCCUGACGACCUCCAGUGAGGGAGAGAACUCCACUCCCAGGUUUGUUGUCGGUUCCAGGGAUGAUGAGACUGACUUUCUGGGAUCAAACAUGAAGAUGGACGAAACCGAUUUCUUUGAAGACGAUGAAGAGGAGGAGUCGCCACCUGAACGGCAGAUUGUGGUUGGAAUCUGUGCUAUGACCAAAAAGUCCAAGUCAAAGCCCAUGACACAGAUUCUGGAGCGUCUGUGCAAGUUUGAGUAUAUCACUGUGGUGAUUAUGGGGGAAGAUGUUAUUCUGAAUGAACCAGUGGAGAACUGGCCCUCUUGUGACUGCCUAAUAUCGUUCCACUCCAAAGGAUUCCCCCUGGAUAAAGCAGUUGCUUAUGCUAAGCUGUGCAAGCCAUUUCUGAUUAAUGACCUUGAUAUGCAGUAUUAUAUCCAGGACAGGCGUGAAGUGUAUCGGAUCCUUCAAGAAGAGGGAAUAGACUUGCCCCGCUAUGCUGUGCUCAAUCGAGACCCGGAUAGACCAGAAGAGUGCAACUUGGUGGAAGGAGAGGACCACGUGGAGGUAAAUGGAGCUGUUUUCCCAAAGCCAUUUGUAGAGAAGCCCGUCAGUGCUGAAGACCAUAACGUGUAUAUUUACUACCCGACAUCAGCAGGUGGGGGCAGCCAGCGGCUCUUUCGGAAGAUUGGCAGCCGGAGUAGUGUGUACUCACCAGAGAGCAGCGUGAGGAAGACAGGCUCGUACAUUUAUGAGGAGUUCAUGCCUACAGAUGGCACUGAUGUAAAGGUGUACACUGUUGGGCCAGACUAUGCUCAUGCAGAGGCUCGCAAAUCCCCUGCUUUGGAUGGGAAGGUUGAACGGGACAGUGAAGGGAAGGAAAUCCGUUACCCUGUCAUGCUGACCGCCAUGGAGAAACUAGUUGCCCGGAAAGUCUGUGUAGCCUUUAAGCAAACAGUGUGUGGGUUCGACCUCCUGCGGGCAAACGGCCACUCUUUUGUUUGUGAUGUGAACGGCUUCAGUUUUGUGAAGAACUCUAUGAAGUAUUAUGAUGACUGUGCCAAAAUCCUUGGAAAUAUAAUUAUGCGGGAAUUGGCUCCCCAGUUUCAUAUCCCCUGGUCCAUCCCAACAGAGGCUGAAGACAUUCCCAUUGUCCCCACAACUUCAGGCACCAUGAUGGAACUUCGUUGUGUUAUUGCAGUCAUCCGGCACGGAGAUCGCACACCAAAGCAGAAGAUGAAGAUGGAAGUUAAGCACGCCCGGUUCUUUCACUUAUUUGAGAAAUAUGAUGGCUACAAGACAGGGAAGUUGAAGCUGAAGAAACCAGAGCAGCUACAGGAAGUGCUGGACAUUGCUCGGCAGCUUGUGGUGGAACUGGGAACCCACAGUGAUUGUGAGAUUGAGGAGAGGAAAUCCAAACUGGAACAGCUGAAGAGCGACUUGGGGAUGUAUGGACAUUUUUCUGGCAUUAACCGUAAGGUGCAGUUGACCUAUCUGCCUCAUGGACAUCCAAAAGCUGCAAGUGAAGAUGAAGAAGCUCACCGAGAGUCUUCCCCGUCCCUUCUCCUGGUGCUUAAGUGGGGUGGAGAGCUGACACCAGCUGGAAGAGUCCAGGCAGAAGAACUGGGGCGAGCCUUUCGCUGUAUGUACCCUGGUGGCCAAGGUGAUUACGCUGGUUUCCCUGGAUGUGGCUUGCUCAGGCUGCACAGCACCUACCGUCAUGAUCUCAAGAUCUAUGCCUCAGAUGAGGGACGAGUUCAGAUGACAGCAGCAGCUUUUGCAAAGGGUCUGCUGGCCCUCGAAGGAGAGCUGACCCCCAUCCUGGUGCAAAUGGUGAAAAGUGCCAAUAUGAACGGUCUCCUGGACAGUGACAGUGAUUCCCUUAGCAGCUGUCAACACAGAGUGAAGGCACGACUGCAUGAAAUUAUGCAGAAGGAUGCUGAGUUCUGUGAAGAGGAUUAUGAAAAGCUAGCACCUACAGGCAGUGCUUCUCUGCUCAAUUCCAUGACAUUUAUCCAGAACCCAGUAGAGGUCUGUAAUCAGGUGUUCACCUUGAUUGAGAAUCUCACAUCCCAGAUACAAAAACGUCUGGAAGACCCAAAAUCUGCAGACCUGCAGCUGUACCACAGUGAGACUUUAGAACUGAUGCUGCAACGCUGGAGUAAGCUGGAGCGAGAUUUCCGCAUGAAGAAUGGGCGUUACGACAUCAGCAAGAUCCCUGAUAUCUAUGACUGCAUCAAGUAUGAUGUACAACACAACUGUGCACUGAAGCUGGAAGGCACAGCUGAACUCUUCAAACUCUCCAAAGCCCUGGCAGAUGUGAUCAUACCCCAGGAAUAUGGGAUUAAUAAGGAGGAGAAACUGGAGAUUGCUAUUGGCUUUUGUCUUCCUCUCGUUAAAAAGAUCCAGUUGGACCUGCAGAGAACUCAUGAAGAUGAGUCUGUCAACAAGCUACACCCCUUGUACUCAAGAGGAGUUCUGUCACCUGGUCGCCACGUUCGGACACGUCUCUACUUCACCAGUGAGAGCCAUGUGCACUCUCUGCUCAGUAUCUUCCGCUAUGGGGGGCUCCUGGAUGAAAACAAAGACCAGCAGUGGAAGAGAGCCAUGGACUAUUUGAGUGCUAUCUCAGAGCUGAACUACAUGACCCAGAUUGUUAUCAUGCUCUACGAGGACAACAACAAGGACCCCUCUUCUGAAGAGCGUUUCCAUGUGGAGCUGCAUUUCAGCCCUGGCGUGAAGGGCUGCGAGGAAGACAGAAACGUGCCCACGGGGUUUGGCUUUCGACCUGCCUCCGCGGAGAAUGAGGACAAGAAAGCAGACCAAGGCAGCCUGGAGGACCUCUCCAAAGAGAAGGGCAUCGAUGAGCCAGACCGUGCGCAGCAAAGGUCUCCGCACGCUUCUGAGCUGGUCAGCAUUCAUCGAAGAUCACCGCUGAUCAGGAACCGGAAGACAGGGUCCAUGGAGGUGCUAUCUGAAUCUUCUUCCAAAUCAGGAGGUUAUCGUCUCUUCAGCACUUACUCCAGGCAGUCUUCUGAGAUGAAGCAAAGUGGCUUAGGGUCUCAAUGCACCGGCCUGUUUAGCACCACUGUGCUGGGAGGCUCCUCCAGUGCCCCCAACCUCCAGGACUACGCACGCAGCCAUGGCAAAAAGUUUGCCAGCAGCCUGACAUACAAAGACGAGCUCUUGUCUAUGCCAGCCGUAAAACGAUUUUCUGUGUCGUUUGCAAAGCAUCCGACUAAUGAUGCGUUUGAGCACCGCCACGUUGCCCAGUUGCUGCGCCGUUUUUCCUCUGACUAUGCCACGAGCCGGAACGUCUCCGUGGAUGCCACUCUAGCCCAUCACCUCCAGCAGUGCUCCUACCACCUACGCCUCUUCAGGAGCUGGCUGAUCUCAGGGCAGGAUGACUUGGAGUGUCUUUACGGUUUUGAAGGCUGUUCCAUGGUUCCCACCAUUUAUCCCCUGGAGACCCUGCACAACUCCCUCUCUUUGCGACAGGUCAACGAGUUCCUGACAGCUGUGUGCAGGAGCUGCACCGAAUCGCAUGUCCAGUCUACCGCAGCUUUGUUUGAUUCAAUGAUUGGCAGCCAGAUACCAGGAGACCCCUUUAUGUCCCAGCGAAUCCUGUCAUCAUCCUCUUUGCCAUUGCGCCAGCGUUCGGAUAAGCCCCCUUGGUACAGCAGCGGCCCCUCCAGUACUGUCUCCAGUGCAGGCCCAUCCUCCCCAACCUCUGUGGACAACUGCGCUCGUUUCAGCUUCACUGAGAAAUUUUCCAUCAGCCCCUCAAAAAGUGAGGAGCAGCUGAAUAGCCAGUCCCCUGAGCAAGGAGAGAGCCAGGCUCCAGGUAGAGGGCUGGACGUGGAGGUGGGGAUGUCCGGGUUGUCAGUAGCCAAGCCAAGUGCCCCAGAGACCCUGAGCUGGAAUAAGAGCCCAGAGCCAGGCAGGGUCCUGGAGCUGUGCAAGAAGGAGCUGAUGGAGGAGGACUCUGGCCCAGAGGAAAAGAGCAUGGUGGGGCUGGAUGAAGAAGAAUCAGCUGGGGAAAUCUUAGAGCCAAGUAGCACAGGGAACCCAAAGUGUGGUGCAGGGUCUGAUAUAAGGCUGGCUGGGGAGAGAGUGAAGCCAGGUGAGGGGUAUACAGGGGAAAUGACUGACCUGGAUCAGUCAGGGCUGUCCAAGGAGAUCUUGGUGCCCUGUGAAGAGGAGCUGCUGGGAGAGGUGUUGGACCCAGAGCACAUGGGCAAGGAGCUGCUGGGGGAGAGUGCUCUAUCAGGCCAGCUUCUCUCUGGUCACCUGGGCCAGGCGCAGCCACUGCCUCCUGAGAAGAGGAUGGAGGAACAGCAGCCGCUGUGUCGGGAGGAUCAGCAGAAUUAG